AAAGUAUUUAAUUGUGACAGCACGAUCUUUGAUGAACUGUCCUUGUUCCUUGAUUAUCGGGAUCCAAGGAGGGGAUCCAAAUCCCCUUUCAAAGAAGUGAAAGCACCGAAAGCAGAUCUUUAAUUCGCAGCUCAAAUUACAAAAGCUUGCGAAGAUGGAGUUAUUAGGAUCGAAAACUGUCCAGGAGGUGCUCAUCCAAGGGGAACAGGUGCCAGAGAAAUAUAUCCAUAAAGUUGAAGAUGGUGGAGUCCCAGUCCCGGAUGCUUCUGCUGCCCAAUUGAUGGAUGUUCCAGUUAUUGAUCUUGCUCUCCUCGCAGCUUCUUCAAUCUCUGCCGAUGAACUUGAGAAGCUCAGAUCAGCUCUUGCCACAUGGGGUUGCUUCCAGGUAAUAAACCACGGUAUGUCGCCGGAAUUCCUAGACGAGUUCCGAGAGAUUACAAAACAGUUUUUUGCACUUCCAGUGGAAGAUAAGAAGAAGUAUUUGAGACAAGUCAACGACAUUCAAGGAUAUGGAAACGACAUGGUUUUUUCAGAGCAACAAACACUGGAUUGGAGUGAUAGACUAUACCUUUCUGUGUAUCCACAAGACAACCGUAAGCUCAACUUGUGGCCUGAAAACCCCAAAUCUUUUAGGCAGACUUUAGACCAAUAUACCAUGGACUUGCAAGUGGUAACAAAAACUGUCCUCAAGGCCAUGGCAAGGUCAUUGGAUUUGGAGGACAAUUGCUUUUCCGACCUGUAUGGGGGAGAACAAGGGAAAAUGGACAUCAGAUUUAACUUUUAUCCUCCAUGUCCAAGGCCUGAUCUCGUCCUUGGUGUCAAACCACACGCAGACGGAACCCUAAUCACUCUUCUCUUGCAAGACAAGGAAGUUGAAGGUCUUCAAUUUCUCAAAGGUGAUGAGUGGUUUCGGGCUCCCAUUGUUCCUGAUGCGCUUCUCAUCAACGUUGGUGAUCAAGUAGAGAUACUGAGCAAUGGAAUAUUCAAGAGCCCUGUACACAAGGUGGUGACAAAUUCCGACAAGGAGAGGAUAUCGGUGGCGGCCUUCUGCAUACCAGAGUCGGAUAAAGAGAUUGAACCUUUUGAAAGGUUGGUCGACGAGUCAAGGCCAAGAUUGUACAAGAAGGUGAAAAAUUAUGUUGGCAUCUAUUUCGAAUACUAUCAGCAAGGGAGGAGACCAAUGGAAGCAGCAAAAAUGUAAUGUGUAACGUUACUCCCACGAAUAAAACUUAUAGUUGUCAACAUGUUUUGUCGAGUGCUUUUCGCAAUCUCAUUUUAUGGCCAGACACUCCUCUCAUAGCAUGUGGAACGAUUGAAUAAAUGAAGAGAAGAUUCAAUGGCAGACAUAGGCAGAGCCACUAAGGGAUCAGAGUGGUUCUGAGCCCAUUCUGAUCAUUGUUGAAGAAAUUUUUAGCGACCUCAAGUUUGCAAUUAUAGAACCGUGAGAAAUGGGGAAGAAGAUGAAUUCUUCUUUUGAAGAAGUUGAGUCGAACGAUGUUAUGUCUCAUAUUUUUUUAACUGUUUUGUUUGUUUUGUCUUUAUGAUUAAGUGAAACUCAAGGAUGGAUUUUAAAAUCGAUUUUAAUAUUAUUUCUAAAGCAACGUAAUCAACUAUCAUUUGCAGUC